AUGUUUAAUAUUUUAGUAUUCAGAAAGAAGCGGUCGGCGAUGGUCGAGUCGGGCCCGACUGUAUAUUUAAAAAUUAAACCAAAAUCAACAAGAAUUUCAAGUAAUAUAGAAUCGAUCGAAGAUAAUGAAAAUUAUUACGAGAUAUUAAAUUCUACGACACUGUUAACGAGAUUCAAGGCUAACGUAAAUCGAAAUAAUUCAAGAUUUCAUUUGGCCAAUGUUAAAAAUGAUAAUAACUUGAUCGAUCGUAAUAUUGGCAAAAGAUAUUACUUCACGAAGAUAUUUCGAUCUGACAUAUCGCAAGAGGAAUUUUUCGAGGAGAUUAUGAAAAAACGUAUCGUCGAUUUUUUAAAUGGACAAAAUUCCACGAUAAUGACUUAUGGUACGACAAAUUCUGGGAAGACUUAUACCCUUCAUGGUACACCAGAUCAACCUGGCUUAAUUCCACGUACAAUCGAGUAUAUAUUUUCAUCUAUUAAUUGUACCCUAAUGCCAUGGUAUAAACUUUAUUCCAAUAAUACGUUGAUAAGCCUUGACGAUAAAGAAAGAUUGGAGGAGUCCGAAAAGAAAACGAAAUUAUUGAGAUCGCCAUUGAUAAAUAACGAAAGAUUUAUGGAAGCAAGAAAAUCAUUGGAAAAUUCGGAAAGAAAACGUUUAGAGUGUAAUGGCGAAUUUAUGUAUGCCGUUUGGUUGUCAUUCGCUGAGAUCUAUAAUGACAAUAUUUACGAUCUUCUCGAUUUCAAGGAAUCAUCGUCAUCAUCGUCGUCGUCGUCGUCGUCAUUUAAAAAUCAUCCAUUGAAAUUGAUAAGCGAUAAGAAUGGUACAACAUACGUUAAAGGAUUAACGACGAUCUAUGUAACUACGCCAUUUGAGGCAUGUCAAAUUUUAAUUGCCGGCCAAUCGAGAAUGAGUACAACGUUUACUACGUUAAAUCCUAAAUGUUCGAGAUCUCAUACGAUAUUUACAAUAGGAUUGUUGAAGUAUCAAAAGGAAUAUGCGCCUCAUGAAACCGAAGCUAGUACAUUGACAUUUUAUGAUUUAGCUGGUUCUGGACGAUCGAAAGAAUUAAAUGAAUUAAAUCCCGAGAGAUUGAAGGAGACUAAAAAUAUUAACAAAAGUUUAUUGGUCCUUGGUAGAUGUUUAAAAACUAUUCGAAAAAAGCAGCAAAAAGAAUCGAUGAAAUGUAUGAAUGAUCAUGUGACCGGUCCAUUUCGUGAAUCGAAAUUAACGAGGAUAUUUCAAAGGGCAUUGUCCGGCAAUGAGCACGUGACCUUUUUAGUUAAUAUCGAUACUUCGUCGAUAUUUAUAAAUGAAAUUAAAAGUAUAUUGAAGGUAUCGUCUUUGGCAAGACAAAUAACGCCGGAUACGAAAGAAUCGAAUUUAAAAUUUAUCCUAAAGGAAUCCAAUUGUGAUACUUCGAGGAUCAAUGAAUCCAUAAUAUCGAAUGAAUUUAAAUCAUUUAGUACGAUAAACGGCGAGAAUAAGUCAAUUGUUAGUCAAGAAAACGUCAUCAUUGAAUCCGAAAUAGAUCGUCGUAAUGAUCACGAGGAAGAUCUACAAGCUGAAAAUACUCGAGCUAUGAGAAGAAGGAUACGAGAUUUGGAAAAUGAAUUGAAUAAUUUGCAACGUGAGAAUGUAGUCAUGAUCGAAAAUAAAAAAUAUUAUACGGAAUUGGUACUUAUUAAAAGAGAAUUAAAGGAUUAUAAGGAUCACGAUAAACUUGAAGUCAAUUCGAAAUUGAAUAUACGCGAUAACAUUGUUGACAAUGAUAUUGAUAAUUUAACGAUUAAAUUGAGGAACGUUAUAGAUGAGAAAAAUGGAUUUAUCGAUGAAAAUAAAUCAGAUUUAAGGAUCUAUCAGAACGUAGAAGUGGACGAUUCGAUUAAUGACGAAUUAAAUGAAAUAAAUGAAUUGAGAAAGGAACUUACGGAAAAGACGAUUGAUAUAAAAGCAUUAACGUUACAAUUGGAAUCGUGUGAGAGAGAAUUGAAUGAGACCGAAAUUGCGUGUAUGGAUGCCGUAAAUAGGAACGAUGUAUUGUUGAAAAAGAUCGAGGCAUUGGAAAAUGUUGUUAGAUAUAUGGAAUGUGAAAGAAAGGAUACGUAUACGCCACAGCCGCCAUAUUAUUUGGAGGAGAUAUCAUCUGUUGAUAAUGAUCAUUCUCAAAUUUAUCAUUCUCAAUUGGAAAGAAUUCAUUCGAAUACCGAUGAAAGAUUAUCAUCUAUCACGGAUAUAUUAUAUUUUGGUGAUGGUACGAAUAAUGAACCAACGGAUAUGAUCGUUCAGGCUCACGUUGAUUAUCUAUUGGAAUUUUCUUUAAAUGAAUUAAGAUCGAGCUAUGAAAGUAGUAAAAAUGAUUCUGGCAUUGUAAUCGAAGAAUCUGUCGUUGAUUGGAAGAAGGAUAUUUCUAAUGAUACGAAUGAAAAGAAAAAUGUAAAUAUAUCGAUUUUACGAGAAGAAUCGAAAGAAUUCGAGAAAGUAUCGAAAUCAUUGAACGUAAAAAUGUACGAAAAGGAAAGAUCAAUGCUGAAUGAUGAAUCGAACGAUGGAUCGUUGUUAAUGAAAGAAAUUAAUGAAGAAAAUGAAGAAAGUGAACUCGUAACGAGAAAAUCUUUUCGAUCUCCCAACAUUAAAUGUCAAUCCUUGGAGGAUCUAUCGCAAUGGCUGAAGCAUAGAUUGGAUCUACAAAUGGCAUAUUGUAGGAUAGAACAUUUGUCGAAAUUGACGAAUCUCAAGAGAGAUUUAUCGUCGAAAACGAUUGAUUUGAACGUGGCUAAUGAAAAACUAAUGACUGCCAAUAAUGAUUUAAACAAAUUAUACGAUUUAACAAAUAAAUUGAACGAUUUAACGAUUAUCGUUGCCAAAUAUAACGAAGAUAGGAAAGAACUUUACGAUAAAUUGCAGGAACGUACGGAGAUGCAAUUAAGUUUGGAAAUGCAAUUGAAACAUUUCGUAUCUUUGAUAGAGAAGAAGGAUGAGAUGAUAACGUGCCUGAGAAAGGAUUUCACUAAUAUUUUCCAUAUCAAUGCGACGAAUAAAGAAAGAAUCAAGGAACUCGAUAUGGAAAUAAUUGAUAUAAAAGAAAAAAUGAAUUCGAUUAGAAAGGAAUUAAUAAAUUCCGAGGAAUUACGUAUAGAGUUAGAAAAGAAUUCGAUAAAGGAAAUUGACAAUCUUAAAUCACAAUUGACGAUUUAUGAGAAUAAUGGUAUGUUAUUAAAGCGUACCGUCGAUGAUCUUGACGAUAAGAAGGAUGAAUUGAUACGAGUUAAAACCCAAUUGCUUUGUAAGGAACGUGAAAUGAGUUUGUUCAAGAGUAACAGAGAUGCCACCAUUAAGAAGUAUGAAUUUUUGGUUAAACAAUUGCAAGAGGAAAUAGAUAAGUUUAAAGAUCAAUCGCGUUACGAGUCAACUACGUCGAUGAUAUCGGAUGGGAUUAAAAAAGAAACGUCCAAUUGUUCGAUUAGAACGCGCAACAAAUUUAAAGUAUCCGAAUCAUUGAAGAAAUUAACACGUACGGGUUUUACGAAGAGUACCACAGAUCGUAAUUGGAAAACUAAUUAUCUUCGUAGAAAAUCGACGGACGAAAAGUCAGUUGCAUCGACAUCGAACUUUUCUGUAUCUAAAGUUUCAAGCUAUAAUGAGAGUAACAUCAUGGAAUCCACCUCGUCGGACAAUAAUACAAAGUUUAUCGAUGAUAAGGAAUUAGAUUGUACGUCAACGAUCGAUCGAACAGAAAGUGACGUAGACUCGAACGAAUUAUUUUCACGAGGUGCGAUCAUUAACGUUAAUUCCGAAGAAGGAACGUACGAUGAUUACGACGAUACCGACGAUGAUUCCGACAUGAUCUCUUAUAAAUCAUCGAUACGUAAUAACAGUAAAAUGUCCGGUUGGAUGAGAAUAAGAAGAAUCGAUGCCAGAACUGUCUUGACACAAUGUUCGGACAUUGAACUCGACGUUGAAGAUCGAUCCGAUGAUUCUGCUUAA